AUGGCUGGACUUGAAAUUCUCUCACCAGAAGGAUUUCGGUUGGAUGGCCGUCGACCAGGUGAAUUGCGUCGUUUUGUGUGUCGUAUGGGUGUUUUUGGACAGGCUGAUGGAUCAGCCUACGUUGAAAUGGGAAACACAAAAACCUUGGCAGCAGUGUAUGGUCCACACGAGGUCACAAACAAAGCGAAGGCACUUCAUGACAAAGUUUUAUUGAACUGCGAGUUUAGCAUGGCAACAUUUAGUACUUCUGAGAGAAAGACUAGAGCUAAAGGAGAUAGAAAGUCUUUAGAAAUAUCAAUGGCAAUUAGACGAACUUUCGAAUCAUGUAUUAUGACCUCAUUAUAUCCAAGAUCACAAAUUGACAUUUUUGUUCAGAUCCUACAAGCAGAUGGUGGAACAUACAGUGCUUGUAUAAAUGCUGCAACUCUUGCUUUGCUAGAUGCUGGCAUUCCUAUGAAAGAUUAUGUUUGUUCAUGUGCCGUAAGCUUGAUUGAUGAUUCGCCCCUUUUGGAUGUUAACUAUAUUGAAGAAUCAACAAGUGCUCCUCAGUUGACCAUGGCAAUUUUACCUAAAACAGAUAAAAUUGUGCUGUUCAGGCUUGAUUCAAAGUUACAUGAAGAUAAUUUAGAAAAAGUCAUUGACCUUGCUAAACAGGGCUGCAAAGAUGUCUAUGCACUUUUGCGAAGACAUGUUCAUGAAUUUGCAAAAGAAUCUUUAGCUGCCAUGUAUACCUGAGAUAAAAAAACAACCUUUGGUUGAACAUAAAUUUGCUGCUAAAUCCACCAUAGACCAAUCCAUUUAUUAUUUGACAGUCUUCGCCUCACUAUCGUGUUUUAAGGGAAUCCUCUCAUAAGGCAAAUUUGGCUUACACACAAAACAAUUUAGGUGUUGAUGGAUGGGCCAAAGUGCCAAACAUUAAAUCUGAACACUUUAUGAAAACGAAAUCAAUUUUGAGCCAUCUGUCCAAGUUCACCCAGAACAAAACCAAACACGGUUUUUGAGCAAAACCAGCAAAAGUUGAUGUUCAAUAUUUCAAAGUAGCAUUGAAAGAAAAACCGAUUUAUAAGUGCUGUGGAGAAUGUGGAAAUGUUGAAAAUGACCGGCAAAGUAAAAGGAAUUCUGGUCAAUAAGCAUUUUUGGCUGAUCAUUGUUCGUUCACCAUUAUUUUGAGCCCUGUUUAAGUAUGCAAAAUAUCACUAGUCAUAGGCUUUACUAUACAUUGCAUUUGUAUUCAAAGUUGUGUAAGGGAUACUCUAAAAAAUCAUAGAACGUUUUUGAAAUAUGAAAACUGGAAAGUAGUUUUUAGUUAGUUACCUCAUUUUGAAUGAUAAUAUAAGUUAAUUAAAGCAACAAAACUUGUUUUAA